UAACAAUGAAAAUCUUUGCCUUUCCCUGUUUUUAAUUCAAUAUCUUUAAAUAUAUAUAUAAUUUCCCAAAAAUUAAACAAGUUAGUGUGUAUAUUUUGUUUGAUUAGUUUUCAUUUAAUUUUGUUAUUUUUGUUUAAAAAUUAAUUUAAUCUAAUUUAUUUGGUUCAAUAAUUAAAAACAUGACUAUUUUAAUUUUGGUCAUAUUUAAAAUUGAUGAUAAUUAAAUUUCGAGUGCUUCUUUAAUUUAUUUUGUAAAAUAAAAGGUUCUAAUUAUAACUUAUAGAAACAGUUUUAUAAGAAAAUACAUUCGAGUAAAAAAUAAUAGAGUCAAAAAUGUUAUUAUAAAAUUUUACAUAGGGACAUUUCAUCGAACAGUUGGUCUUCACAGCGCUAGAAAAAUAAUCUGUGGGCUUUCGUUGUUCUGCUAAACGCGAUUGAGAGUACUUGUGGCAGCCAUGGCUGCUUGCAAGACCCGGACAAGCAGCUUCUCUCGCAAUUUUUCAGCCGCUUCAUCUUCUCAAACUCCUGGUCUUAAACAUGGUCCAAAUGGCACAACCUUCAUCUCGUCCGGAAUACCAGACCUUGAUAAGAUUUUAGGUGGUGGGUUUCCUUUAGGAAGCCUAGUUAUGGUGAUGGAAGAUGCAGAAGCACCACAUCAUAUGCUUUUGUUGAGAAAUUUCAUGUCUCAAGGCCUUGUCCACAACCAACCUCUUCUCUAUGCUAGUCCUUCUAAAGACCCUAGAGGAUUUCUGGGUACUUUACCUAGCCCUGGUUCUUCCAAAGACAGCAAGUCUAGUAAGCGUGAGUCUGAACAGGAGAAAGGACUGAGGAUAGCUUGGCAGUACAAAAAGUAUUUUGAUGAAAAUCAGCAUAACUUAGAUAGUAAUAGGGAUAGUAAACAAGAGUUUUGCAAUGAAUUUGACUUACGGAAACCCAUGGAGAGACAAUUUUUGAAUGGAAAGCAGAUAGAUUGUGUCAGCACCCAAGAUGCUCCGAAUCUAGUUGCGCUUCAAGAUCGCUGUGCUGCAUUCUUAUCUCAACUUUCAAGAAACGAUGGCAAUGUUUCUGUUGCUGGUCGCAUUGCAGUUCAGUCAUUUUGUGCUCCACAGUGUGUAUCUUCCACCAUGGAAUGGGACAUGCUUUCCUUUAUUAGAUCUUUAAAAGGGAUGGUGCGGUCUUCAAAUGCAGUGGCUGUUGUGACGUUCCCAUCGACUCUUCUUUCACCAUCUACAUCCAAACGGUUGCAGCACAUGUCAGACACCUUGCUAUCUGUCAAAGCAAUUCCAGAUGAAGACAAGGAAUUGGCAAAACUUCUCACCGGUUACCAAGACAUGGUUGGCCUGCUUAAUGUGCACAAAGUUGCUCGUUUUAAUACACAGGUUCCAGUGAUUCUUGAGGCAACUACACUGUCAAUAAAGUUACAGAAGCGAAGAUUUUUGGUCUUGGAAUGUCUUAAUCAAGCCCCAAUUGAUGGUUCGAGUGGGGCUUCAUACGGCUCAUCUGGUAGUUGUUCAGGGUCCUCUAAGACGGGGAGUCUUGAUUUCUAGGUUCUAGCUUAAACUUACUGAUAGUUAUCAAUUUAUACCUCAACAUAUCCCCAAGUGCUGCAUUGUUCUUUCAUUUCUUUUUCUUGCUUUCAUAAAUGCUUUCAAAAUUUUAGGACUAUUUUUGGUGAACGAAAAUUAACAAAAGAAAUCAAGCACAUCAUACACGUUUACAUAUUCAUAAGAAUCACAACAUAGUUGUUUUAAAA